GUGCAAAUGGAGCCCUUGAACUCCGGGCAGACUGGACAACUUGCGUUACGUUUUCCCCGGGCGCUAAAUACCUAUAAAUACAGAGGUCCCCACCGCACUCACGGGCCGUGUGCCCCUUAUAUUCGUCUCGUGCGAAAAUGUUGGACAAGAUUCCUGCAGAUGUCAUUUUAUUAGUUACUGAACACAUCCGACACAAACGCGAUUUGAAUAGUCUCUCGCAAGCUUCAAAGAACUUCCAUACUCUACUCACACCAAUUUUAUACAGAUCGAUUACCUUGGCCGCUGAUGAGUGCGAUAUCCAGAAUCUCAAUAUCGGCUCCAUUCUCAAGUAUAGCACCGAUUACUUACGUUUCGUGAAAAAUCUCGAAAUAACCGCCUUCUUUCAUUUGCGUCUCCGUACUCGUUGCCCACGAAAUGGUGAUUAUGAGGGUGAGUCUUCUGAAGAAGACGAGAUUCACGAGGAGAAUGACGCGAUGAGUUUGGGACAGAUGACGCAGUCGACAAUGAUAUCAAUAUUUUCUCAAGCGACAAAUUCAGUACCUACUCAAGCGAAGACUAUGAAGGCAGCGUUUCAGGUAGCGCUGACUCGACAUCAGCGUUACAGCAUGAAUACAGUACAGAUAUUGAGACGGACGGUAAUUCGAUUAAGAAUUCAUCAGUGUUACUGUGCAUGAGAAUGAAUGGAGAGCAACCGCAAUGUCGGCAGCCCAACGAGUCUACGAUGAAUUCAUGACGGCCUUGGAGUUGCAACUACUACCUCUUCUCGAGUGCGUCUCUGAUGGGCUCUUCAAACAUUCUGUUGGAAUUUAGGCAUUUGUGUCCCCAAGGGAGUGGUUCAACUUUUAUCCAAAACACAACUCCAGCUACAAUCCUUGUCAAUC